CUUUCACCAUGCCUCUGCAAUUUUUCUAACUCUUUCCGUUUAGGGGCUUGGUCUAUGUGAUAUUUCUUGUGCCCACAUGCCGGUUAAAGGAUAGCAGGAAUUUUCUCAACUACUGGCUGAUAUGUUGUUUUAUCGCCAUUUCAUUCAUAGUCCAUGAAAUUGGUUCUGCACAAUCUUCAAGACUCAGUGUAUUGGUGGGCACAAAGAAAAAUUUGUGAGGUAUGCAAAAUGGAUGAGCCAGUGGAUUUCUGAUGGCAUUGGAACAUUAAAUGAUUUGAAGUUAUAAAAUCUGUUUUUUGGUGAUUCUUGGGUGGUAUAGGUUGGAGGAGUUUGAUUGUAGGUUAUCAUUUAAAUCAGAUAUGGCCGGAAAUAUGAAAUGUGGGUUUAGUAUAGAGGGUGUGGGGUCUGGUUGCCCUGCCAACUCUUCAGCGUCAAUAAGACUAGGUAUGAUAAAAGGGUCUGAAGGACUAAUGACAUUUGGGCGAUCACUAAAAUCUGGAGUCACACGAGCUGUGUUCCCCGAGGAUCUCAAAGUCUCGGAAAAAAAGAUAUUUGAUCCUCAGGACAAGUCUCUCCUGUUCUGGAAUAGGCUUUUGGUCAUAUCGUGUAUUUUUUCAGUAUCAGUUGAUCCUCUGUUUCUCUAUCUUCUGGUGUUCAAUAGUGAAGAUAACUGUCUUCAAUUAGAUACGAGUUUAGCCUAUACAACUACUACUCUGCGGACAUUAAUUGAUACAUUUUACCUUAUCCGAAUGGUUCUACAAUUCCGCACAGCUUAUAUUGCUCCCUCAUCUCGAGUAUUUGGACGAGGUGAACUUGUAAUAGAUCCCAAACAAAUAGCUAGCAGAUACAUACAUCGUUAUUUUGCCAUUGAUCUUCUCUCUAUUCUUCCUCUUCCCCAGAUUGUGGUUUGGAGAUUCCUUAAUGGAUCAAAAGGUUCAGAUGUAUUAGGCACAAAGAGAGCUCUCGUGCUCAUUAUCAUUCUUCAGUAUAUUCCUCGGUUUUUGCGAUUUCUACCUCUAACUUCAGAGUUGAAAAAGACUGCUGGUGUAUUUGCAGAAACUGCCUGGGCUGGCGCUGCAUACUAUAUGCUGUGGUUUGUGCUUGUUAGCCAUAUAUUUGGGGCCUUGUGGUAUCUAUUAGCUAUAGAACGUAAAGAUGCCUGCUGGGCAGAUGCAUGUCAAGUCAGUGAGGAAUGCUAUGGAAAAUUUUCUCUAUUGUAUUGUAUGCAUGAAAGAGGAGAGGCAGAUAUGGCAGCCUGGAGAAACAUCACUCGAGAAGUUCUCGAGAAAAAUUGUGCUGUUGAUGCAUUUAAGUAUGGCAUAUAUGCAAAAGCUGUGUCAUCGGGUGUUGUUGACUCUGAGGAGUUCGUCACUAAAUACUGUUACUGUUUGUGGUGGGGCCUGCAAAAUUUAAGUACUCUGGGGCAGGGGCUUCAAACAAGUACUUAUCCUCUGGAGGUUCUCUUUUCAAUAGCAUUAGCCAUUCUUGGGCUCCUUCUGUUUUCUCUUCUCAUUGGAAACAUGCAGACCUAUCUUCAAUCUAUAACGGUUCGGCUAGAAGAGAUGAGGAUAAAAAGGCGUGACUCUGAACAAUGGAUGCAUCACAGAGUACUACCACCUGAGCUCAGGGAAAGAGUUCGGCGUUAUGAACAAUUCAAAUGGUUGGAAACGAGAGGAGUAGAUGAAGAGAGUCUGGUCCAAAAUCUACCAAAAGACCUGAGGAGGGAUAUCAAGCGACAUCUGUGUUUGAAUUUAGUUAGAAGGGUGCCUCUUUUUGCAAACAUGGAUGAACGGCUGCUAGAUGCCAUAUGCGAGCGACUCAAGCCAAGCUUAUACACAGAACAGACAUACGUUGUUCGAGAAGGGGAUCCAGUCCAGGAGAUGCUCUUCGUGAUCCGGGGACGCCUCGAGAGUAUCACGACAGACGGUGGAAGAAGCGGUUUCUUCAACCGAGGCAUUCUAAAAGAGAGUGAUUUCUGCGGUGAGGAGCUGCUGACAUGGGCGCUGGAUCCGAAAGCGGGCUCUAACCUGCCUCCCUCAACUCGCACCGUGAAGGCCUUGACAGAAGUGGAAGCGUUUGCACUGAUAGCCGAUGAACUGAAGUUCAUCACCACUCAGUUCAGGCGCAUCCACAGCCGGCAGGUGCAGCACACUUUCCGGUUUUACUCACAGCAGUGGAGGACUUGGGCGGCGGUGUUCAUCCAAGCCGCAUGGCGCCGCCACAUCAGGAGGAAGAUUUCAGAGAUUCGGAACAGCGAGAUUGACGAGAAUGAGAAUAUGGUGGAUGAGGAUUACUACGAGGAGGAAGAGGACGACAACGACGAUGAUGAAACUAAGGCGUUGAUUUCUAGUAACAAUUCAGGCCUCCGCGCAACCAUGUUAGCAUCCAGGUUUGCUACCAAUGCUCUGCGCAAAAAGCGCCAAACAUCUGCUAAAUUAACCAUGAAACCGCCGAAACCACCUGAGCCUGACUUUGGUGAUGACUAAACUACAUUUUCAACAAUAACUUUUAAUGUUUGUUAA